AUGCUCCCGAGGCUUCCGGAUAGCCGACUUUUAGAUUUGAUUGUUAAUAGUCUUUACAGCAACAAGGAAGUUUUCCUCCAAGAGCUUGCCAGCAAUGCUAGUGACGCUUUGGAUAAGUUCAGAUUCCUGAGUGUUACCGAUCCCAAAUUUCUUGGAGAUGCUGGUGAACUAGAGAUUCGGAUCAAACCUUAUGCAGAUAAUGGAACCAUCACAAUAACAGAUACUGCAUUGGAAAACCAAGAUAUUGGAGCUGAUAAUGCAUUGAUUGGUCAAUUUGGUGUUGGGUUCUACUGUGCGUUUCUUGUUGCUCAGAAGGUAGAAGAAGAGGAAGAACCAAAAGAAGGAGAAACCGAGAUGCGAAAUGCAAAGGAAGUUGAAAAGGAAGAGUACCAGGAAUUCUACAAAAAGACUUUUAAUGAAUUUUUUGAUCCACUUGCCCACACUCACUUCAAUACAGAGGGAGAGGUAGAAUUUAGGAGCAUUCUAUAUAUUCCUGGUAUGGCACCUAUGAACAAUGAGGAUGUAGUUAGUCCAAAAACUAAGAACAUACGACUCUACGUGAAGAGGGUGUUCUUUUCAGAUGAUUUUGAUGGGGAGCUGUUUCCCCGAUAUUUGAGCUUUGUGAAAGGUGUGGUGGAUUCUGAUGAUCUACCUCUUAAUGUAUCCCGAGAGAUUCUUCAAGAGAGCCGAAUUGAUUACAAGAAGUUUUGGGAGAAUUUUGGAAGGUUGAUGAAAGCACAAGCUCUUGGAGAUACUUCAAGCCUGGAAUUCAUGAGGGGAAAGAGAAUUCUGGAAAUAAAUCCUGACCACCCUAUCGCCAAGGACUUGAAUGCUGCGUGCAGAAAAGCACCAGAUAACACUAAUGCGAAGAGAGCAGUUGAUCUGCUGUAUGAUACGACAUUAAUAUCCAAUGGUUUCACUCUAGACAGUCUAGCCAACUUGGGAAACAAGAUAUACGAGAUGAUGGCAAUGACACUAGGACUAGAAGGGAGAUGGGACAGAGUAGAAUUUGAAGCUGAAGCUGAUGGAGAGGAUACCGAGGCGAGCACUAGUGAAGGUACUUCAGAAGUAGUUGAACCUUCAAAAGUGAGGACAAAAACUGACCCUUGGCAAGAGGAGUAG